AUGGCCCUCAGGAAUUCCUUCUUCUUGGCUUUAUGCUUUGCCGGUUUUGCAUUCUUGAGCAAUAUCAAUGUUGGUUUAGCUGGUCGUCAACUUUUGCAGACAACAACAACUCCAAAUUUGCCCAAAUUGCCACCAUUUCCUUCAAUACUAAACUUGCCUCCUUUGCCCACAUUACCGACCACACAGCCUUCUCAGCUUCCUAAACCCACUUUGCCUCCUCUUCCCAGCAUGCCCACCAUUCCCAAUCUCCCAAAGCUGAAUUUGCCUCCUCUGCCCUCCAUCCCCACAAUCCCAAACACAAUGCCAACCAUCCCUUUCUCCUCUCCACCACCAGCAAAAACUAGCCCUUGA